AUGCCGGUUGACUACAGUAAAUGGGACGCCCUGGAGCUCAGCGACGACUCCGACAUUGAAGUGCACCCCAACGUCGACAAGAAAUCCUUUAUCCGAGCGAAGCAGACACAGAUACACCAUGAAAGACAGCAGCGCAAGCACCGCAUGGAGGCGCUCAAGUACGAGGUCACCCUGCAUCAGGCGCUGCUCCAGCGCAUCGAGGCGCUGCUGGACUCUUUGCGGUCACCCACGUCCGAGGUGGCCGCGGCGCAGAACCCGAACCAGCUGGCCUUUCAAGCCAUCAUGGAGUCGGCGGGCAAGCCGGAGGACAAUGCCCUGCCGCCCGUGCCCGAGGGCCUCCACGUCGACCCCAACCAGCCCACUACGUACUCGGCCAUGAUGACGCGCCUGCUCGACGAGGUCAGCAAGACCCUCGAGGCCAAUCAGCCCGUAGACCGCUACAAGGCGAUGGUGGACGAGAUUCAGGUCCACGCGACACAGGUCCAGACGCUCAUCCAGGAGAGCGGUGACGAGCUGGCCAAGCUGGAAAAGGAGGAGGGAAACAAGAUUACGAGCGAGGACAUUCAUACCGGCUUCGACAGCUCUUUUGUCAACAAAACGGCCGGAGCGGGCGGUGACGCCACUAAGGUCGAGCUGCUCAACCCAAACUACAAACCAUCCAACGAGUCGUCGUCGGCCAAAGACGCAUCUGUCAGCACAGACAAUGACGACGAGAUGGAUGCCUCUCCCGCCGCGCGCAAGUUUGCCGACAUCCAGUCCACCGACUACUCGGCCAGCCUCGACUUCAUCACCAAGCACCCGGAGAUCCUGACCCAGCGAGACACGGACGGCCUGCUGGUGCUGGCCUUUGACGCGGCACUCGAGACGGGCCGCACCGACGACCGCGCGCGACAGUGCGUGCACCAGGCGCUGCUGCUGCAGUACUGCCGCGCGCUGGGCCGCGAUGGCGUGGCGCUCUUCUUCAAGCGCAUCACGGCCGACGGUGGCAACAACGCCAAGGAGGUCUUUUACAAGGACGUGCACGAUACGCACCAGCGGAUCCGCACGCGUGCGCGCGAGAUUAUUGCCGAGCGCGCCGCGGAACCCGUCGACGGCGUCGAGCUGAUUCAGCUGCACGCCGUCGAGCCCGGCACUGCCAUCGCCAUUAGCGUGCCGGAAAAGGACAGUGAAGACCCCGAAGUGCAGGAGGCCCGGAAGAUUUACGAGCACUUUAGCGACGAGAUGCGCGCGGCGCUCGAGACGGGCUCGCUGGACAAGGUGAAUGAGGUGCUGGGCAAGCUCUCGGUAGAGGACGCGGAGGAAUACGUCAACCUAUUUGGCGAGGCCAACAUUCUGAGCUUGGAAGAAGACAUUAUAGAUGGAACGACGGAAGAGGGCCAAGAGCAGAUCAAGGCGCUGGAAGCCAAGGCAGUGGCUGAGAGGGCAGCGGAUGCAGAGGGGGAGGCGACUGGCGACCCAGAGUAA